GGCAUCCUUGCAACUAUUGACUUUUUUCUCUCUUAAAAAAAAAGAACACGAUGGCAUUGAAACCUAAAACUGUCGCCUGUAUUACAGCUGGUGUGGCUAUUACCGCAUGUGUUGGUUAUGUCUUGUACUUUGAUUAUCAAAGACGCAACAAUCCUGUUUUGAGAAAGAAAAUGAAAAAAGAAAAAAAGAAGGCUGAAAAAGAAAUCCAGAAGGCUCAAGAAAAAGUCAAGCUGAAUGUUCUACAAGUCAUUGAUUCGGUUAUUGAGGCUGCUUCACAAGAGACACUCCCAUCGACUCCAGAAGAAAAAGAAAAAUAUUUUAUGCAGCAGGUUGCCUUAGGAGAAGGGCUUUGUAAUAAAGGUGAGGCUUUCUAUAAUGAUGCUGUUUUACCGUUCUUCUUGGCCUUGAAGGUUUACCCUUCACCCAUGGAAUUGAUCAUGAUUUAUCAAAAGACCGUCCCGGCUCCUGUCUUUCAGAUGAUUGUUAACGUCAUGGCACUUGAUCAACAAAAGCGUCAAAAUGAAUUUUACGAGCAGUUCCCUCCAAAAGAAACAAACACCAAAUUGGCUGAAUUGCCUGUUGGCACGAACGAGGAAGGAAAACCUGUGGUCCGUCGAGGAUUAGUUGCUAAUAGAGAUAUUUCAGCAGACGAAGACAUUUACUCGGAAGAACCUAUUGUUUCAGCCUUGUUCCCUCAAUUAGAAGGCCUUUACUGUAACCUUUGCUUAAAGCGCUUAGAUGAAGGCAACAAAGUAGAAUGUUCGGACUGUGAUACUAUUGCAUUUUGCAGUGAUGAAUGCUUAAAACAUGCCAAGAACGAAUACCACCAAUAUCUUUGCCCAAAGAACAAACAGGAAGAGGAGACAAAUAAGGAUGCAUUGGAAUUCCACGAAAACUUAAAAAAGAGCAACAAAAAGUAUCCUUACAUGAUUGCACGUUUCCUGUCGGCAAUGGUUGUCGAAGAACUGAGUAAGGCAAAUGAAGAGCAGAAGAUAGGCGAAACCUCGUUUGGUGCUUGGGAUCAUGUUGACAGAUUUAGAUAUCUGGAGGUUGCUCCCAGCGACGAAUCAAAUGAAGAAAUUGAAAUGCUGAAAAAAGUACUUGGUCCCAAGGUCCAAGGCAUCAGCGAGUUUUUAUCUAGCGAUGUAUAUUUGAUGCUUAAAGGAAAGUUGCUUUAUAAUGCCUAUGCUAUUUCUGCAUCUAUAGAAAACGAUGUUCAAAUCGAAGAAUCAAAGGAACACGCAAGAUCAACUGAUGGUCAAACAAAGCAUAUUGGAGCUGGUCUUUAUAAAAUCUCUACCUAUAUCGGACAGUCCGAAGAGUCACCUAAUGUUGAGUUACGUUUUGAAAACAACAAGAUUACUGCUAAAGCCCUCAAGGAAAUCAAGGAAAAUGAAGAACUCGUCGCAGCUUACACAUUACCUGUUUCAAAGAAAUAAAAUUUAUUAGUAUAACCUUGUAAUAUUUCUUAUAGUCUUUUCCAUAAUGCUCUUUGCAUUCCCUUUAAUUUGUAGAUAUCCCGGAUAUUGUUUCUUAUUUUAG